GUUUCAGUCCAACGCUAGCCGGCAAAGAAAAACUAACAAAUAGGUCAAAAUAUUUCGAAUUCUUCAAAUUAUUUAAUAAAAUGGCUGGGGAUAGUGAAAGCAGCAAUACGGAAGGCACAAAUGAUCACAUUGACUUAUCAGUGUAUAGAAAACUAAUUCGACAGUUUAUAGACAUGCGUCGAUAUUCAUCUGCUUUGUUUUGGGCAGAAAAGGUAUCCGUUUUAAGCGGCCAUGAGCCGCGGGAUGUUUACUACCAGGCACAGUGCAUGUUUCUGCUAGGCGAGUUCCAUCGCGCGGCUCAUACAAUCCAGCACUACAAGCUAGAGAAGACCUCGUUGCCAUGCUUGAACCUGCUGCUCGAAAGUCUCUAUGCGGCCAAGCAAUACAACGAUGCAGCAAAUGUUAUACAAAUAGUUGAGGUGGAGACCAUGACCACAUCUCUAAUCAAUCAGCCGAUGGAUACAGCCAGCGGCAUAUAUUUGGAAAGCAACAGUGUCUUUGGCGGCGAAGAGAACAAUCGAAACGAAUUGCUGGCUUCUAUAUUCCUGAUCAAGGGAAAAGUGUUUGAAGCAUUGGAUAAUCGCGGCAUGGCCAUGGAUUUCUAUGUACAGGCUCUGCACAAAUCUAUUUAUUGCUUUGAGGCUCUGGAAGCGUUGGUGCAGCACGAAAUGCUAAUGGCUUGGGAGGAAUUUGAGCUGAUGCAUCAUUUGCCGCUGGCACAACAAUCAACCGAAGCGGAUGCCAAGUUUAUCCUUAAACUGUACGAGUCCCGAUUGAAAAAGUACUAUGAGCUCAUAUCAGCGCGCAAUGCGGAAGAAAUUUCGCCCAUUGUAAAUCCGGACGUGCUCAAGUAUAUCAAGGAGUUUACGGCACGAGUGCAGCAAACCUGUUCAACGGAUUCACAGGUUCCCAAGCCCCCUGCGUCCAAGGUGCCAAUGACCUCAAGUCAGUUUAUGUCACCCGCACAGAAAGUGCUGGAUGAUCUGAAAGCGCCAACGUUUUCUCUACAAACAAGUCUUUCACGUGCGUCAUCUAUGAUAGAUGCCACCCACCGUUCGCUCUUUGAUGCAUCCCAUCGCCGAGGCUCGCGGGAAAAUGACAGCGACAGUUUAGUGCCGCUCAACGAUUGCUUGAGUCGAGUGCAGCGCAGCACAGAUCUUCUUGCCGCUGAGGCGGAAAAAUGUUUCUAUGACUGUGACUACAAACAGUGCCUGAAAAUAUUAAAUAGCUUGUUGAAGGUUGAUCCGUUUCACAAUAACGCCCUAACCAUACAAAUUGCCUGUCUAGUGGAAAAUGGAGACUUCAAUAAGCUUUUCUAUGUUGCCCACAAGUUGGUCGAUCGGUAUCCGGACAAGGCCAUUUCAUGGUAUGCAGUCGGUUGCUACUAUGACAUGAUUGGCAAGAGUGAUCCAGCACGUCGUUACUUGUCAAAGGCCACAUCCCUGGAUCGCCUCUACGGCCCCGCCUGGCUGGCCUACGGACACUCCUUUGCCAAUGAGAAUGAACAUGAGCAGGCAAUGGCUGCCUACUUCAAGGCCACACAACUAAUGCGCGGCUGUCAUUUGCCUCUACUAUACAUUGGUGUCGAGUGUGGACUUACCAAAAACCUGGAAUUGGCUGAGAAAUUCUUUUUGCAAGCCAUGACAAUUGCUCCCAUGGAUGUUUAUGUGCUGCACGAGCUGGGUGUAAUUAAAUACGAGUACGAGUACUUCGAUGGGGCUGCCACAAUAUUUCAAUGCACAGUGGAUAUUGUUAGGCAACGCGCCAAGGCCAACAAUGAAGAGGUUUCGGCGCGCUGGGAGCCGCUCUUUAUAAACCUGGGUCACUCCUAUCGUAAAAUACAAAAGUUCGAGGAUGCGCUAUACAAUUUUCAAUUCGCGCUUUUGUUAAAACCCCAAAGCGGCAAUACAUACACUGCCAUUGGCUUUAUACACGCUCUACUUGGAAACCUGGACGAAGCCAUAGAGUACUUCCACAAGAGUUUAGCAUUAAAUCGGGAUUGCAUUGUUACCUCUACAAUUUUAAAGGAUUGCAUCGAGGACUUGAUGGAUGAUCCCGGCACCAUCGAUGAGAUCUGUAGCAAAGCACCAAGCGAUGUAACUGAAUCUAUAUCGGCGAGCAGCCGACGCGUGCUGAAUACUGAUAAGUUGAGUGGGGUUAAAAUGAAUUUGAAAUUCGAUGAGGAGGAAGAGUUUUCAAAUUCAGACUCAAACAUGGUUGUCGAAAUGAGCUUCGAUGCAUAGGAUCAGCUGCAAUAAACACACACACAUACAAUACACAAACAAGAGAAGCUGCAGCAGG